GAGAAAAGAGACAGCAGUGGAAUCGUGCUAAAGUAAUUAAAUCUUUGGGAGAUACUUAUCAUCUCCAUAGUGUUGACUAUUAUGACAGUGUCGUGAAUGUUCGCUUCAGUUUCUGCAACUACAUACGGAAUUAUCAAAGAAUAACACUGGAAUUAAAAAUGGAAACCAAAAUCUUUCGAACUCUGUAUCAUUACACAACGCCAAAGUUUGCAGAUCUAAUCAACAAAUCAAAAUGUGUGAAAAUGUCCACGCGUAAAAUACAUGCUCGGCAUGGAAAGGGAUCAUAUUGGACUUCCAUGAAUCCAGCACGAUAUGACAAACUAACCAUUGCUCAAAAUAACUAUGAUUCGACCAAGCCCAUGCAAAGUAGAUUAAAAAAUAUGGGCAAAGUAGAUUGUUUUGUUGAAGUAAAGAUUCCCAUUGACGAUCCAUCUCUGGAGAAGAUAAAGAUCGAUAAUCAAGAUAUUUAUGUUUUCAAAAAAGAAAUGGUUUUGAACGACUAUAGUUACAAAAUUGACAAAUUUGAAAACUUCAAGUUUACUGAUAAUGUCGAUGAUCUUGGUGAUUAUUUUGAUGACUUAGACUUGGUGUCUAGUAGUGAAGACGAUGAAUAGUGUUUUUAAAAAAAACACAAAUUUGUUUAAUUAAACAACAACUUGUACGUAUUUCAUUAUGGAAUGGAAUUUUUAAUAAUCUGGAAAUAACUUUAGUGUCGUA